AUGGACACACAGGUUCAGAGUGCUGAAAGGGGGUUGGUGUUGCCCCCCAUGAAUUCAACAGUAUCGUCGGCGACGGCGGCUACUACGGCCACAAAUACAGAUACGGAUACAGAUGGAGAUAGAGAUGAGGAAGGGGAGUCGUUACUAGAAGAUGGUAGCGAAUGGGUGCCCGCGUAUAUGCUGACCAGAGACAAAUCACGCUACCUGGGCCACUUCCUGGGUGCAAACAAGAUGCUGGAGGCAGUAAAAUGCAAGUACUGCGAUGUGAUAAUUAGACGGCAAGGAAACAGCGCAAGCAUGGCAGAGGCUUCCCUGGCCCAUUUGUGGAGCACACAUAAGAUAGACCCAAAUGCCAAUUACUAUAGCGGGUGGAGCGGCGUAGAAGCGGGCUCUACUUUCAUGGCCAGGCCACCUUUGAAGAACCAUCAAGGCGGUGGCGCUACAACGAAUAGUAUUGCUAAUCUACUGGAAAUAGACGAGGACUUUUUGAAGAGGACUAGGGAAAGAGAAAUGGCCUUGCCCCUCGUGCAGUCGCUUGCGAUCAUAAUUGCGUCUGAAAACUUGCCCCUGUCGUUCGUAGACAACACUGCCGUACGCCUUUUGAUUAAUCAAAAUGCCAACUCGCUGAGUUUCAUUGACCAUGACUUGAUAUUGAAUACCAUCAGGUCCAUCGCAUAUAAUCUUGAUAGAAUCAUUCAGAGGACGGCGUUGCGUAACAACUCGGAUUUGUCGUUGAUUAUCGACAAAAAUUUCUUAUUAAUGGACCCAACGGACAGAUCUAAUCAAUUAUCAAAUAGGUUGAAGAAUCAAUUAUAUGAAAUGCAAAAAAUAAAUUUUUUCUCCUUAAGCCACUCUGUUUGGAACAACACGAUAUCUAUAUUGAGUAUUCAGUACUACGAUGAUUUUCAUUCGCAAGUGAAGACCUUACCACUUAUUAUCCAAAAUUUACACAAAUAUAACAAUGACCCCAAAUUAUCUAUUCCAGCUCAACUGCUCAAAAUUUCACGAGAGUUGCCUGGUUUACAAAAUACUGUAAUUUCUAUUACUUUACCAAGAUCUCAAAUAAUAGAUCUAUUGAACGUAAUGGAUAACCAGCCCUUUUUCCCCAAUACGAAUACGAAUGCUAAAAACUAUUACCACAACUGUAUUAUAUCCAUAAUAAAUUCCGCGAUAUUACCAUUAUUCGGUACACCUAAAUCCGCUGAUAUUACGCAUUCAACACAAUCAUCAUCCACCAAAGAACCAUUGACUUUAUUAGACUCCUUAAUAGAUUUAUCAAAUAUAGAUAUUUCGAAUUCCAUUUUUUCCAGGAUCAAUUCGUUUUUGGAUGAUUUACAAUCUAAUUCGUGGCAACUAGAUAAAUUCCGCUCAUUGUGUGAGAAAUUUGGAUUUGAAUUCGUUUGUUCAAAGUUCGAUUUAUCCCGUUACUCUACCGCCACCGUUUCACUGCAAACUUUUUUGAAUCUACGUCCCAUUAUAGAAGAAUAUCAAUCUUCUAUUCAAAUCGAAAAAUUCAACGAAAUUGACUUUCAAAUAACAGACUACUUAUUAACUACUUUGAAUUCCAUUAAUAGAGUAUUAAAGUUCUUUACUUCUUCCAAAAGCUUAAACUUUACCUAUGUUUUGUUUGCCAUAAUGUCUAUUGAAAAGCAUUUGUUAUCCACUCUGAGCAGCUUACAAUUUCAACGGUUAAUUGCACCAUUUGAAGCAUUUUUGACCAAAAUUCAAGAAUUCAAAACGAUUCUAUUUUCAGAUGAUAUGAACCUUUUAGCAAUGUUCUUGUGUCCUGCAAUUUUAUUCGAGCGAGAAGUCUUGGAAUACUCUUUUCAUACCAUUUCACUUUCUGAAAUAGUAGAUAAACUUUCCACAUUAAUUUUCAGUUUAUUAAAGAGAUUUUUGAAUUUACAUACAAUAGGCAACGUGAACAAUAAUAACAGCGCCUCUAACGAUAGCAACAUGAACAUUCACGCUGAUAGUCAGACGAACAACGUCAAUAAUAGAAACGGCAACACCAGCGAUAAUAACGAUAACGAACAUGAUGACGACAACGACAACAACUCGAAUUCGAACACGCCUGCGUCAAGAAUAGAUAUAGAUCCUACUGGUGGACAAAGUUCUGUCUUACCGGAACAGCAACAACAGAACAGCAACAAUAACCUAUCAUUUGGUUCUCUCAGCGAUACGCAUCCUUUAUCGGACUCUACCAUCUCAAAGGAAAUAGAUACUAUCUUUUUACAAACCAUCCAAGAGGACCUAUAUGAUUACUUAAGUACGGUAAAUUCCAUCGUGCCCAUAUCGUACAGAUCGUAUUGCGAACAAAGCAGUUUCAUUAGAGACAGUGGCCGUUUCAAGAAAAGAAUAAUAACAGAGGACUCUAUUAUCGGGGAGUUAGAGCAACCAAUGAACUUCAUCGAAGAGUUACUGGAUAUCCAUGUUCCUGUGUGUAGCGCAUUCUGGUCCCAAUACUUAGAUAAUGAUGCUGGGCCGAUAAUUAGAAUUUUAUUCAAGAUAAUGCAAUGCCAGUCAUCUUCCUCAAUCAGAGAAGAGUAUUCAUUUUUAAAUGACUUCAUUCCCAGAGUGCAUCCUGAUUUGACCCAAGAAAUUAUCAAAAUUAAGCUAUUUAAUGAUCAAUUUGUGGCAAGUAAAGUGGAUUACGAUUUGGACACUUUACAAACUGCAAGUCAAUAUCUUCCAUAA